CAUCGUAGAGAGUGCUUGUUCUCGCGUAGUCGGAAUUUGUUGUUUAUGUUGUGAAAGAGAAGAGUGGGAGAGUUAGAGAGUUGAAAUUUGCAUUGAUUGAAGUUUUCAGUGCUGGUGGGGAAGUGCAAAUUAUUUUUGCUGCCAAAAAUCCAAGUUUAUGAAAGAAAACAUAGUUAAUUGAAGUUGGCUCAAAUUAAAAUUGUGUUUUUUGUUGUGGCUUUAAAUUGAAAUAUAAUUAUAUUCAAUGGAAUAUGGAAAAUCAUAUUAAUUCAAGUGUGGAGAAAAUCUCAUUGUGUUAUUUACUUUUUCCCCCUUGUUUUUUCAUAUAUUCUUAACUCUCCGGCGAUUGGUGUUUAGUGGUGUAUUUGUAUUGUGUGCGAACGAGAGAAAAGUGCGUGCUGUUUGUUGUGCGAGAGGGUGGAAUAGGAAUUGCGGGGGAAAAUUACUUGGCGGAGAAGUAUUUUUUUACUGAAACACAAAAAGCCUGCUGCAAAGCAGAAGAAGAAAAUGGUCAAUUAGUGAAGUUGCAAAAAUCAAGUAUACAAAAUUUAAUUGUAUUUUUUUAAACUUGUGCACGUCAAAAUGGCAUAAAAUGGAAUAUCGAAGUGAAAUCAAAAUGUUUUAAACGCAAAUACAAAAUAAGUAAGAGAAAAAGAGAUAUCUUUAUUUGUUUGCUGCAGCUCGGGGCGGCGGCUGUUGCAAUUGGAAAACGAUAUUGUGGAUUUUUGUUGGUUGGGUUUGUAGUUGUUGUUGUUGUGGUUGGUAAUAUACAACCUAAGUGGAGCCCAAAAUCCUGUGUCGGUCACUGUGUUGUUGGUAACCACAAAUGAAAAAAGAAAAAACCGGCUAACCUAUCCAACCAAACAGCCAGCAGAGCAGAGCCAUUGAUUCAUCUUUAGAGGCCAAAAGAAAAAUCACAAAAUCCUGUUUUGUAACCUUAAGAAAUUAAGAUAGAAGAAGAAGAAAAGGAGGAGAAGAAAAGAAACAUCUCAACAUACACACACGCCCAACUAAACUUCAUAAUUGUGUUCAAAUGAACUUUGUGGAUAAUUGUGCACAAAAGCAACAACAACGAAGAUGAAGAUAUAGCUCAAACAGCGACAAAUAACUACAAAACAACGACAUUAAACUAAAACAAAACAAUUCAAGUGCAAAACUAAAAACAAAUAAAUAAACGAACGUCAUUAUUACGAAGAGGAGCAGCAGCAGCAACAACAUCAUCAUCAUUAUUAUUAGAGUCAACAUCAUUAUUAUAUUUGGCUAAGAGCGGCAGAAAGCAUCACCAGCCAGCCAGCAGCAGUCAACUACUUUCCCCUUUUGAAAAGAAAAUUUUGCAAAGAAACGGCUCCAACAUGUCGACACGUUCUCAGCUAACAAAGGAUUUAAAUGAGAGCGUUAAGUCCAUAUUGGGCCGUCACACAAAAAUCCUUGUCAAAUAUAUGGUCAAAUUGGAAACGAAGAAUGACAAAACAGAGAAUCGUGUUUUGGUCUUUACACCAGUGCGCAUCUAUUUGCUUAUUGCAAAAGUUCCCACAAAGAUUGAGUGCCAUUUCCAUUAUUUGGACAUCCAAGCGGUAGAAAGCAAAAAGCCAACACAUUUUUCUAUCAUCACCAAUGAUCGUCCGUAUAAUUUCGCCACGACCGGUGAUGCGGGCAAUUUCAGUACGAGUGCGGACAUAAUCUUAACCGAUUUGGCAUCGGCCAUAAAACAUAUUUUUCCAACAGUUCCUUUGGAUUAUAUUAUAAGGAAGAUCGACAUAAAACCACCGGAAAGAGUGGGUAUAUUCUCUGAAAAGUUUCGACCAUCCGAUCCGCGCAACAUUGGACCAUGCGGUGGUUUUAGUACUCAAUAUGCCUGCAUGUGUGAUUUCCAUGGAGUGCCAUAUCGAGAGGAGGUUGCCUGGGAUAUCGAUACCAUUUAUUUGUCACACGAUACACGAAUAUUGAAUUUACGUGAUUUUGACCAUUUAGAACCAAAAGACUUGAUGGCCAUUGUAUCGGCAUUGGAAUACAAUACAUUUUUUCGUGGCUUAAAAGCUUCACAUAUGCGCUUAUCAAAUGAAACUUUGGAGCGUAUUCUGCAUGUGCUCAAACGUUCAAUGUGGCUCGAGGAGUUGCAUUUGGAAGCCCUAGGUUUAAAAUCCGAUUUUCUUUAUAAAUUGGCCAUAUCUGUGAUUACAAAUAUUAAUCCUGCAAUACGUACCAUCGAUUUGAGUCAUAAUUUAAUUGAGGAUAAAGGUGCAAGCUCAUUAUGUGCCCUACUUGGAAAAAUUGUUCAAGGUGCAAUACAUUUGGCAGGACCUAUUGCAAAAGUCUCCAAGGGUCUGUGCAAAUUGGCUCUGGCACAUUGUGGCCUUACAUCCAAGGGUGUUAAUCAAAUGUCACAUUCACUGUCGCUCAAUCCAAGCAUUCCAAAUUCGUUGACACAUUUAGAUUUAAGUGGUAACAAUCUUAAAGAUGAUAUAACUAAUUUACACAAUUUUUUAGCACAACCAAAUGUUUUAGAAUAUUUAGAUCUCUCUUCGACUGAUAUAACACUAGAGAAUUUAUUUGGUGCCCUCUUACGUGGUUGUGCGACGCAUUUAGCUCAUCUUAAUGUCUCCCAUAAUUCGUUCAGCACAAAGAAAGGCAAAGAGAUACCGCCAUCGUUUAAGCAAUUCUUCACCAGUACUUUAAGUUUAAAGCAUUUAAAUAUUGCCGGUUGUAAAUUGCCCAUGGAAGCAUUGAAAAAUUUACUACUCGGUUUGGCAUGCAACGAGUCAACAGCUGGGCUGUAUUUAGAUUUAAGUGGCAAUACAUUGGGUGCCCAGGGUGCACAUGUUUUAGAAUCAUGCAUACAUGGUGUUCGUGUUUUACAAAGUUUAAAUAUAAGUGACAAUAAUUUGGACGUCGAAUUAGCUCCUGUUUUAACUUCUAUUUCUAAGAAUCCUUCUAUACGCACAUUGAAUAUGUGCCGUAGUUUAACUGGCAUGAAAUUGAAACAUAUUCCUACGGUAAUGGAAGCUCUGGUCAAUUUAAUACAAAAAGAUGAUUUUCCAUUGGCUGAAUUGACUUUAUCGGAAAAUAAAUUGAAAGUUGAUAUACACGAUUUUAUUAAUGCUUUGGGCAGUAAUCAAAGUCUACAAAAGUUGGAUAUAUCGGGAAAUUAUAUGGGUGAUGUUGGUGCCCGCUUGCUGGCCAAAGCUUUACAAAUCAACAAUAAACUGCGCACCAUAUAUUUGGAUAAGAAUAAUAUAACCCUGCAGGGUUACGCCGAUAUUGUUUAUGCCUUGGAAAACAAUUACAGCAUGCGUUGCAUACCAUUUCCAGUAUUCGAUAUUGCACCGCAUCUAAAAAAUCAUCCGGAGAAAACGGAUGCAAUUAUGCGCAAAAUGCAAGAGCUACUGCAACGUAAUGGCAGCGGUCUGAAACGCACCAAUGGUCAAGGAUUCCGUUUGCAACAUGGCUUUUUACUCUCUUCCACACAUCAGUUGGUCGACAAACUUGUGGCUGAGACACAGGACACAAUGUCGAUUGCCAAAAGUAGCAACGAUUCGACAUCAUCAUCAUCGGCUGUACAACGUCUAAUCGAAGAUGCGGAAAAUUGCAAGCAAUUAAUGCCAAAAUUACAGGAAGCUGUUCGUUGUGAAACACAUCCGGUUGAAGUGAAAUUAACCCGUGUCGCCAGUGAUCUAAGCUAUACCAUACAAAACUAUUUGGAAGAAACUCUGGAGACAAUGAUACGCACAGGUGUUGAACAAUGCCCAAAAACGUUGGGCAAUCAAACUGUGAUUCAAGAUUUACGCAAAGUGCUCAGUGAGCGUUUAACUAUACCCGAAGGAUUUCUACAGCAAUGUCUUCUUAACAAUGCCGGCAGUGAGAUAAUGAAUAAAGUUAGUGAAAUUGAACAGUCAUUGGCUGCCUCAAUAUCCGAUCGUGCUACAGAUGAAGUCUUGGAAGCUCUAACACGUUAUCGCCGCGGUUUGGGUAUUGCCGACUCACCCUCUGUUAUGCUGGAUGAACCGCAAACACCCGACAUUGUGCGUAGUCGCUCCAGUCAUGACUCUGAUGGAAUGAUUCUGCGAACUGGACGCAAUUCCAUUUUACCCAAAUUAGGAUUAGAAUCACCCACUGCUACACCACACAUGCCCACCAAAAGACGUUCAGUUGCAGCCCGUAAGGUACGUCCACAAUCGGUUGUGGAAAAUCUAAGCCUUGGCCAUAUACCCGAUCUAUUGGAGUCGCCGUCAUCACAUCGUUCAACAUCACAAAUAUCGCGACGUGACUCCUCAAUUAAUGGUGAUGCCACCCUGACCAGUGAUAGUCGUGGUGCCCUCGAUGAUGGAGGUGGCGAUGAAUGUUGUGACUCCAUAACCGAAUUGCCAAGUGCCUCUUUUCAAUUGCAACAUCUAGUCAAAGGUCGUCCGAAAAGAGCCAAGACACGUGCGCCCACCCGGCCCCUGGUUGCAGCCAUUGAAAACGGCAAUAGUACCAGGGAAAUUGGUGAGGGCCUUGAUCAAUUCUUUCGACCUGGUUCGGUAACACCCACCACACUUACACCCCUAGUAUCGCCCACCUCGGAGGAAUGCAGCUCCCUAUCAUUCGUUGAUAGUCCCACAAUGAGUCGCAAUGGCAACGAUCACAUGACCUCCGAAGAAACCACACCUAUUCUGGAGGAACGUCGUCCCAUAAAACUGGAACGGAAUUCACCCUUGCUGAAAGGUGCUGCAUGGACCACACGUUCACGUUCCACAGAUAAUUUGGAAAAAUAUUCACCUCUGGUGGGACGAAAAUCACCACUUGUCAAAAUGCGCACUGAAGGUGCUGCUGGUGGGGCAAAUGACAAUGUUCCAGAUUCCGCACAGCCCACAACACAAGCUGAACGUUUGCUCAAAACAUGUUCGGGUCGUGAGAACAAAAUGCGUUCGCCCAGUACCGAUUCCAUUAAAUCACAUACGGAUUCCACUACGGGUGCUAAAACCGGCAAUGGUAUUCUACGCACACCGAUCAAUUUGCAAAAACCCCGACCAUGGUCAGUGGUGGGAAGUGAGCCCAAAACAGCACAAGGAACAAAUUCAGUGAUGCAUACUAGUGCGGAUUCAAGUAAAACGACGCCUGAUAAAUUGGAUGAAGAAAUGGAAAGUGUGCCAUUUGGAAAUGGCACAGCCAAUAACAUUGGUGGCAAAGCAACAGCUGCUGGCUUGGAAAAGAAAUCUGUACGGGAACUUGCUGCUGGUCUAAAUCGUUUAGAUCUACCCCUUAAACCACAAGUAUUACCACGUUCGUUACUAACGUCAUCCUCAUCAUCGGCCAUAAAUAAAAUCAAUCGAAAUUCAUCGUCCUCGAUAACUAGCACCAACUCCGCAACAGGAGUUUCGUCGUCGAUCAUAACAUCUUCGAUGUCAUCAACUUCCACGAAUGAAGUUACAACGAAAAUUGUUAACACAACAUCGUUUAAUAAUGAAAUCAAGGAGAUGUUAAGCAAAAGUCUAAUCAGUGAGAAUGGAACAAAUGAAAUACUAAAUAUACGCAACAGUCGUACCGCAACAUCAACGUCACAAGAAGAAAGUAAUGAAACAAGCAUUGGAUUUAAACGCAUUGCCGGCAAAGAAAUGUCGUCACUUUUUGAGGAGACAUUAGUUGAAGGACCACAACGAUCCUCCUCUAUACGGCAAACUUUUAGGGAUACUCAAUAUACCAAAGAGGAUGUCGUUGAUUUAUGAGCAAAAUAAAUAUAAUAAAAAAUAAUAUUAAUAAAAAAGUUUAUAUUUAGCAUUUAAGUAAUAAGCAAACAACUUCAAAAGAAAAACAUUAGCAUUUUUGAACACAAAGCCAAGGAAACUUCCCAUCCCAUUGUCAUCUUAUUUUUUAGUUUUUGUUCUUUUUUACAAUCAAAAUUUUGUGCAAUUGAAAGUUUUAUUAUUGUUUUUACUAAAUGGCGUCUUAAUAAUUAGUUUAUUAAGUAAACAGUAAGAGUGAAUAAAUAAAUGAAGUAUUUCAAUGUAAAAUAUUUUUAUAUUUUUAACUUAUUUAAUCAAAUAAUAAAAAUCUAUUAAAAACGAACCAUCUUACAGCAUUAAGUAACAAAUUAAAGCAGAAAAAACUGAAAAGUUAUACAUUACAUUUAUUUUCUAUAUAAUAUAAUUUCGUCUAUGAAACCCCUAAUUCAAUAACAACCCCAUCCAAACAACUCUGUAUCCCACACACACACACACCAUAUUUUUAUAUAUAUUACAAAUAUAUUUCUGUAAAUUAUUUAAGACUUUUUUAUAUUUUUAAGUUAACCCUCAUUAUAUAACAUUCACGAAAGAAACAAUAAACAACUACAUGCAAAUAAAACUGAAUAAAUGAAAAAUAAAAACGAAA